AUGGAAAGCACCACCAUCACAACAACUCAACUGUCACAAGGUGCAUGUCCUUAUGGGCUCCCGGAGAGACGUGCCACCAUCACCUUGCACGCUCCGGCGCAAGAGUGCGCUAUCCCUAACACAACAGCCAGUGAAAGCAAGACCAAAGUGCUGAAAAGACAGCGCUCUGGCUCGCCAGAGCUCCUGCGCUGUAAAAGACGGCUCAGCUUCAACGGUCUAGGCUACACCAUCCCACAACAACAGCCUGUCGCGGUAGCCAGACGGAACGAGCGAGAGAGAAACAGGGUGAAGCAGGUGAACAUGGGCUUUCAGACACUGCGCCAGCAUGUACCAAAUGGAGCAGCCAACAAGAAGAUGAGCAAAGUUGAAACUUUACGCUCAGCGGUAGAGUACAUUCGUGCUCUCCAACAGCUUUUAGAUGAGCACGAUGCUGUGUCCGCAGCAUUUCAGUGCGGUGUCCCGUCUCCAACUCUUUCCAACAGUUAUUCUGCAGACCCAGAAUCUCCGCACUCGACAUACUCCUCCGAUGAAGGGAGUUACGAGCACCUCAGUUCUGAGGAUCAGGAGCUUCUGGAUUUCACCACUUGGUUCGAUAGAUAUUGA